AGGGCUGCUAUCCACGCGUAACUACUUUACCGAGUUCUGGAAACACUCCGUCGCUGCCAUCUCUCGCUUCCACCUUUCGCUCUUCACUGUCGCCCGCGCCCACCGCCGUUUGGGGCUGUUUCAUCCCGCAGUGCCCUUGACCCACCACACUCACUUGCGCAGUUCACAGCCUCCUCGCGACCUUGUCUCGCUCGACUCCGCGACUUCGACAUCAGCUCUUGUUCUCUUUUCUCCUCCUCGAAAGACUCUAGCUCUCCUCCUCUGUCCAGGACGGAACCCACACUCACUCCUCAUGUCCUCCACCACAUGGCUCCGAAACCUCCCAUGGCUAACACCACCAGGGCCAAAGAGCAAACCCCGCCUCCCAGACGACGAGUACGCGCUCCUGCCUUCUUCCUAUCCCCCACGCCCCCUCUCCCCCACCUUCACCAACGACCACGAAUACCGCUUCCGCCGCCGACGCACCUGCUCAUUCAGACCGCACACCCUCUUCUCGCGCCAACGCCUCGGCCUCCGCCGCCUGCUCACCCUCGCCGCGCUCGCGUUCGCCUUGGUCGUCAGCGCCAUCCUCGCACAGGGCAUCCCGCCGAGCUUCAACGACGUCCGCGCGUACGAGGACAGGCUGCCGCAGCACCGACUGCCACGCCACGUAUUUCCGCCGCACGCACACGAUCAUCAUGCUCAUGCUUCCGGCGGGAGUCCUGGGACGGAGGGUCAGGCGACGCGCUAUAUUCGCUUUCCGGGGUAUCUGUGGGGACACGGGCUGAACAACGUUUUGCAGGAAGCCCUCGUCCUCUCCCACCUCGCACACGCCUCGAACCUCUCCUACGUGUUCGAAGACUACACCUGGUCGCGCAGCCCGCUCCCCUGGACGCUGUACGAUUUCGCGCUGCGCCCCACGCGCAUCCCGCUCAACGCGUUCAUCGCUGGGCCUACUGCGGGCGGGCCCCUGUCAGGCGACGUAGGCGACGACAGCGAGCGGCUCGGAGCGCCGAGGGCGGUGAGCGCGCGGUAUUGGGAGGAGGUGUGCGGGGGCGGGAAGAUACGCGUGUUGACGUCCAAAGGUGCGCCAAGCGACGCAGACGGAGACGUGUUGCUCGCGUGGUGGCGCGAUAUGCUGUCCGGCGUGCAGGAGCAGUGCAUCGAGGUGGACUCGAGCGAGCAUGACCUGUUCGACCGCUUCCUCUUCGGCGGCCCGCGCUUCCUCCCCAUUCUCGACGCGCUCCUCGCCUCGCCCAUCCUCACGGCCUUCUCGUGGUCGCCCCUCGUGCACGCCGCGCUCCUGCGCAACGCCAUGCUCCUCCACCCGUCCUCCCCGCCCGCGCUCUCCACCUCCAUCCAACCGCAUCUCUCCUCCCAGCUGUCCCUCCAAAUUCCAACGCCCUCCGCACCCGCACCACCCCUCCCCUUCCUCCCCGGGCUCAUCGCCAUCCACCUCCGGCGCGGGGACUACACCCGGCACUGCCCCAAUCUCGCGCUCUGGGGCGCAGACUACAUGGGCACGAACCAGCACCCCUCCCUCCCCGACCGCUUCGCCCCGCCCGUCGGCCCGCCCGGGCUCGCGGGCGCGCUGCACAAGGACUGGGGCAGCGAGAGCGAGAAGGCGGAGCGGCGAGCGUAUUAUAUGGCGCAUUGUUUGCCGGAUGACUCGGAGGUCGUGCGCCGGCUGCGGGAGGUGCGCGCGGAGUACCGCACGGGCGCGGGCGCGGGCGGGCGGGAGCUGAGCAGGGUGUAUGUGCUCUCGAACGACGGGGCGUGGGCGCUGGAGGGGCUGCGCGGGAUGCUGGAGGCGGACGGGUGGGCGGAUGUGCUGGCGAGUCGGGAUCUUGUGUUGGAUGCGGAGCAGCGGUAUGUGGAUGUUGGUGUGGAUAUGGCGAUUGCGGAGCGUGCGGAGGUGUUUGUUGGGAACGGGUUCUCGAGUCUGAGCUCGAAUGUGGUGAUGCUGCGCAUGGCACGGGGUAUGCCCGCCGAGAGCAACCGCUUCCUGUGAGCGACGGUUUGUGGUAUAGACGGGGGAAUCUAGAGAGGUGUGUGAGAAGGACUUUUGGAAUGUGUAAAG